CUAAUAGGUGACUGCCGCGGGCAGCUAUAUUAUUACACUGUAGAAUGGCCGAUGGGCUGGGAGGUCACCAGAGACACGUGGUCAGGAACUAUUUCUCUUAUUGCAAAAGUCCAGAUCCAUCAUCAGCAAAUAUGCGGUCUCGCCUGGUCCUCUAGCGGAAAGUUUUUUACUACAGGCGGCAAUGACAACUACUGCUGUCUGUUUGAAGCAAACAAUAUUCUACGUCAAUUUCAAGGCCAUGGCAGGGAUUCAGCCCUUGACUUAGGAGAUCCCGAAGAAGACUAUUGUCGUCAAACGUCCAGAUGGCAACGGCAAUCGUCCAACGAAACGGUUGUUCGCCACGUACAAUCUGGCGAAUAUCACGAUGAAUCCACUGGUUCUCCUAGUACUUCUCGCCCAGACCCUCUCUGGAUUUAUCGAUGGAGGCACCUAGCCGCCAUUAAAGCCAUUGCUUUCCACCCGUGGACAGAUGAUGUCGUGGCCACGGGCGGGGGACUCAACGACAAAUGUAUUCACUUCUUCAACACGCGCUCUGGUGCCACCAUUACGACAAUUGCUGUCGCAGCACAAGUAACUUCACUUAUUUGGUCGCCCAAUGGUAGGGAAAUCGCCGCAACGUUUGGGUUUUCCAGUCAGCAGCGUAUGUAUCGAGUAGCGGUCUUUGGCUGGCCCAGCUGCCGCCUGGUGACGGCAGUGCACUGGGAUCGUCCAUGCCGCAUCGUGCAUGCCAUUCCAUAUCCUAGAGUACCUGAAAGUCGACGAUCAACGGCAAUCUCUCUUGCCAAGGAAGGCUGCAUCCUGUUGGCAGCAAGCGACGAGACGCUGACGUUUUUUGAGUUGUGGACCAAGGGACUAAAGGCGAUGAAGUAUGGUCGCGGACACGGUUAUCGUCACAACGAUCUACUCGGAAGCGAAAGCAGUUUGGACGAGAAAGCAGACGUGAUACGUUGAUGGUCCACGCGGCGCACACGCAGCAUAUUGAGCGUAGGGGCUAGCUGCUGCCUUGCGUAGCCUGUUAGUUUCCACCAAGUGUAGGCGGUAGCAAUUCAAAUAGACUGAAAAAACAGCAAUAAAAGUUUG